ACCGCCCCAGGAAGCGCAGGGUUUAGCGGCCGGCCCGCGCCGCGAUGCAUUGUGGGGCGCAGCAGCAGAGCCAAGAUGGCGGCCAGCAGGAGGCUGAUGAAGGAGCUUGAAGAAAUCCGCAAAUGUGGAAUGAAAAACUUCCGUAAUAUCCAGGUUGAUGAAGCUAAUUUAUUGACCUGGCAAGGGCUUAUUGUUCCUGACAAUCCUCCAUAUGAUAAAGGAGCCUUCAGAAUUGAAAUCAACUUCCCAGCAGAAUAUCCAUUCAAACCUCCUAAGAUUACAUUUAAAACAAAGAUCUAUCACCCUAACAUUGAUGAAAAGGGGCAGGUUUGUCUGCCAGUAAUUAGUGCUGAAAACUGGAAGCCAGCAACCAAAACUGACCAAGUAAUCCAGUCCCUCAUAGCACUGGUGAAUGAUCCACAGCCCGAGCACCCCCUCCGGGCUGACCUAGCUGAAGAAUACUCUAAGGACCGUAAAAAAUUCUGUAAGAACGCUGAAGAGUUUACAAAGAAAUAUGGUGAGAAGCGACCAGUGGACUAAAAUCUGACACAAGUGCUGUCAGCAACUAUGAUAGAAGAUCGGAGCAGUGCAUUUGAGACACCCCGUAAAGCAGGACUCUAUGGAAAAUUGACAAGUGCCACCUUUCGGUGUGAACUUGUGGCUGUUACUAACUUUCUACAGUUUUCUUAAUCAAAAGUGGGCUAGGUAACCUGUAAAGAAAGGAUUAAAAUUUAAGAUGUUCUAGUUCUGCUUUCUUUGUUUAAAAAUCACUGCUUCAAUAUACUUUAAAGUAUGCUGUUUUCUUUUUCUUGUCAGAAUUUAUCAAAAAUAUCUUAGACUUAUAUUCUGCCCUUAAAUUGAAAAGGUUGUGGCUGUCAUUUCUUAUUUUUCCUUGCAGUUCCCACUAUCUUGAGUUCAUUCAUUGAAUUUUAACCCCCCUCCUCAAAGUGAUGUCUUAGGAAAAAUAUCUCAGUUCUGGCAGAAAAUCAUUGAGUGUUUGGCAGUUUCGUUUACUUUUCUUUCUAAAUGUUGCACUGUGCUUUGUGGGACUUGUUGCAAGGUCCCCUGAACUUCAGUUUGUAACAUAAUAAACAAAAUCCAGCCCCACAAAACCAAUCAGAAAUAAUGUCUGGGUCUGAUGUAAAUCUGGCCAAUGUCUAUUAAACGGGGAAACUCAAGUUUUUGUGUGCAUCAUUGAAUUAGAAUAUGGCUUAUGUUCUGCUCUUGGGAAACUUUGGAAAAAAAAAAUCUGUAGCAAACAAGUAGUGGAAUAUGAUUGCAAACUUCCCUCACUUCUAUCUUUAAUACUUAGCAGAGUACUGGGAAACGUGCACAGAACAACAUUGCAACCAAUCCAGGAGAGUUCCAGAAAUUGGGGACCAAGAGGUACCAAAGUGGUGACAAACUGUCUUUUUUGAGCUUAAAAUCAUUAUUUUGGAAACAUUAAUUUUGAAUUCAAGAACUAAGUCUGCCAGCACUGUUGUCCUCUCUGAAGGUUUUCCCUCAGAAUGCGUCAGGAGUGUCUGUUUGUGGGAGGGCCCUGCUGCGAGGCCAGGCCUGAGCAGCGAGGUGUGACAGGGUGUGCUUGGCUGCUGCUGCUGCGUGUGCAGCACAGGGCAGGGGUUAGGGAGUGCUCAGGGUCAGUCGAGCUUCUGGGGCAGGGCACUCCUGCACGUGCUGAAGGAAAGGGAGCCCUUUCCCUUCAGAGCUGAGCAUCCUCUGCCGUGUCUCUGCUGCUUCUGCUGCCUUUCCUCCCCAGCCCAGAGCGUGAUCCUGGCUCCACAAACUGCCACACAGUCAACCUGCUGUCUCCCCUUCUGCAGCUGGGCUCUGCUGCUGAGGGAAUGGAUUAUUUCCAGCAGUCCAUCAGUAUCUGGGAGCACAUAUCAUUCUGAUGUGCAGGAAGCUGAGUUUUAAAAACCCUGACACCUAGGUGGUUGCCUGUACUCCUAAAUUCAGUUUUAAUGCAGCCUCUGCCUUUGCAGCCUUUCUGAACUAGUGUGUCAAGCAGUAGAUCUCUCUUGGUUUUAAUGUUUUGUGUAUUUGCUAUUUCCUCAUUUGUCCCUCUCCUCUGGCUUUCAUUUACAAUUUAGUGUAAACAAUGACAGCCCAGUACCUCACCUCUGUUGAAAGUAAAUUUUUUUAUAAGUUAGGGAGCUAAGAAAUUUUAUGUUUAAGUGUUCUUAGACAGAUUCUUUGGCAGGUAAAUAAAGUUAAACCACAUUCACCUUAUUUACGGAAACUUGCAUUUCCUAAGUGUUUUCAGGCUUGUGAGAGCACUAUUACCAAAUUUUCACAUCUUUGUGUCUUCAUUUGCAGAAAGUUGGUACUGAUUUUGUUUCGUUCACGCUCACUCCGAUUCAUAAUAAAAUAAUGCCAAAUUAUCUGUCAAACUGAAGUGUGUAACUUCUGCAUCACCUGAGUCACUGUACCUUUGAUCAUGUCUGUUGGCAUGGAAAUUCACCAUUCUCUAAAUUUUAUUUGAAACAAAACUGUAGCACUAGUUUGCUGCCCUCGUUGCUACUCAAUAGUUACUCUGUGGUUGUAAAGCCUCUCAGGUCAAAGACUGCGUCUGCCUGCUGUGCUCGGAUGCCGCGGGAAGGGACGGAAGGGCUGAGUGACUGCAGGAGCUCCGGCCAGGCCGCACCAGCCGCUCCCAUCCAGCUGCAGAGGUCACACGGACAGACCUCGCUAUCAGUUCUCUUGGUGUGUUCUUCAUAGUCCAAUUGCUAAACUGUGAGACGUGUAAACAAAGUGCUGGCGUGUCUGGGGCAGCCUCUGAACAAAAGGAUCCGGCACCUGUGUGGCUGAAGGCUGAGGAGAAGAAAUCCAAGUGCGAAGUCCUAUGAUAACUCAGGAAAUCAAGCUCUUGUUCUCUCUGGUUCCCUAAGCCAUGCUGAAUUCUAAAUGUGCAGUUGAACAUCCACAAUGAAAGCAGCGCACUGGUGAAACUACACCCAGGAGUACUGGUAUAGGCUUUCUGCAAGUCCAUUCUGCUACCCUAAUAAAAAUUGCUCUCAAA